AUGGCGGAGCUCGGACUUCACAGAAUUCUCCUUUUGAUUAUUUCUCUGACCAAGUAUCUGGAGAGCACAAAACUGCUGGCAGGCUUCAAAAAAUGUGGUGACUUGGAAUGUGAAACUUUAAUAAAUAGAGUCUUAGCUGUGACAGACUACAGAGGACCUGACUGCCGAUAUCUGAACUUCACUGAAGGAGAAGAAAUAUUUGUUUAUGUGAAACUUGCAGGAGAAAGGGAAGACUUAUGGGCAGGAAGUAAAGGAAAAGACUUCGGAUAUUUCCCCAAAGAUGCAGUCCAGAUUGAAGAGGUGUUCAUAUAUGAGGAAGUUGAAAUAUCAACUAAAGAAUCUGACUUUCUUUGUCUUCUUGAGGAAAGGUAUAUAUUUGACAAUGAAGAAAAUGAGUUAAACGCUGAUAAUAGUGAAAAUGUAUACCCAUAUGAAGAAGAUGAAAAUCAAAGCAUAAGUAUAUACGGGAGUGAUUUUCAGUUAGAAUCUGGAUUUGAUCCAGUUUCUGAAAGUACUUUGUUUGAAGAUCAGUUUUCACUAUCAGAGGUUCUUAGUGAAUCAAAAGAGGGGGAUGGAGCAAAAGCUGGAAGUGUGGAACAGGAUCCUAUUCCAGAAGAGAGUCAUGACCUACAGUCCUCAUCUGUGCCUACAGGGAAAGAAUGGUUUGAAUUCAGAGAGGAACAAGCCAAUGAACUGAUUUUUGAAUCAGCUACUGAACUUUCACAAGAAAGCUUAUUUCAAAUUACAAAAAAGGCAGUGGAUGAUGAGAAUGACCUAGAGGAAUUAAGUAGUAGUGAAUAUCAGAUAGAACAGAAGCAAGAAACGGAGCUAGAAUUUGGUUUAAUAACAGAGAAGCAGUCUGAAUGGGAGUCUGAGAACAUUUUAGAAUCUCAAACCACUGGGUGGUUUGAUGGUGGAUUUACAGAUUAUUUAGGGUUUAGAAAUGAGGAUACAGAACUUGAGUCAUUGUCUCAAGAAAGCAACACACCACUAGAUGUUCCUAAUUCUGUAUCAUCUGAUAACGAUCCCCCAGUCCCAUGUACAGAAACAGAGAAAAAAGACUCAGUCACUAAUGGUAGCUCAAUUUUCAAGCCAAGUUGGUUUGAUUUUGGUUUUGGCAUGCUAGCCUUUGCAUAUGCUAAUGAAGAAAAACGUAUAUCAGAUGAUGGAAAAAAUGAGAAAAGAGGUGAAGGAGACAAACAAGAACAUCUUCCAAGUGAAUUUGACCUUGAUAAAGAACAAGAAAUAAAAAUAAUAAAAACCAUGGAAACGGAAGAUCAAACAGUUAAUGAAAAAGCUUUUGGGAAAGCAGAUAAUCCUGACACUACGGCAUAUUUUCAAAAGUUUUUUCAUAAUUUUGACACUUGGAACUUCCAGAACAGUCCAAAGGAAACAGAAUUACCAUUCUCUGAACUCAUACAGGAUGAAGGUAAUGUAUUUGAAAACUAUACAACAGAAAAUUUUUCAAUUGAAAAUUAUAUCACAGAUAAUAUAAAUGGUAUGGUGAUGAAAAGUGGAUAUUUAUUUGCAGACACAGUUUCUAAGAGAGAAUUGCCUAAGACAACUAAUGAAGACUCACAUUUCAAAAAUUAUGAUGAAAAAUCAGAAAUAUCAUUAGAUAUUGAAGACACUUAUGAAUUGGAAAUGGACAUACUUGUGAAAAAUAGCCUACUAAACAGUGAUUUCUUUUCAACUGAUAACUCCUUGUCUUCUCAUAAAGAAGAAGCUUCAGAGAAUCAGAUUGAGAAAUAUUCAUUUCUGUUUUAUGUUUAUGAUAUUUUGAGUGCUGCUUUUUCAUCAAUUAGAAUUCUUAUAGAAAUGGUGGUGGCAACAUUGCCUGAAGAUAUGAGACCAGGCCCUAAUCUUUAUGGUUUUCCGUGGGAGUUAGUGAUUUGUGUAGCUAUCGUUGGAACUUUUGCUGUUUUCUUGUUAUUGUGGAGAAGUUUUCGGUCGGUUAGAAGCCGACUUUAUGUGGGUAAAGAGGGAAAGCUUGCUCUGGAACUUUCUUCACUAAUAGAAGAAAAAUGUAAAUUACUUGAAAAAUUGAGCCUUGUUCAAAAAGAGUAUGAAGGCUUAGAGCCAUCUUUAAAGGAUGUCAGCCUUGAGGAGUCAACAGAAGCACAGAGCUUGGAGGAAACCUAUGAGAAAUUGAACAGGUCUAACUCUGAACUUGAGAAUGAAAUACAGUCUCUUGAAGAACAGUUGGAAGAAGAGAAAUCCAAACAUUCGGAACAAGAUGAAUUGAUGGUGGAUAUUUCUAAUAGGAUACAGGCUUUAGAAGAUGAAUCAAAAUCCCUCAAAUCCCAAGUAGCUGAAGCCAAAACAACCUUCAAAAUAUUUCAAAUGAAUGAAGAAAGACUUAAGGGAGCUAUAAAAGAUGCUUUGAGUGAAAAUUCCCAACUUCAGGAAAGCCAGACACAGCUUUUGCAAGAAAUUGAAACAUGGAAAGAACAAAUAAAUGAACUUGAUAAACAGAAACAAACAUUCGAAGCCUCCAAAGUAGAUGCAGAACAAGUUCUGUAUGAUAAAGAAAAACAGAUCAAGGCUCUGACUGAACGCUUGGUGGAGAUGAGAGAUUGGUCCAGUGUGCUUGGAGAAGACAUAGCAGAUGAUGAUAAUCUGGAAUUGGACGUGAAGAGUGAAUCAGAAAAUGGUACGUACGUAGAAAACCAACCAAAAGGAGCUUUGAAGAAACUGAUUUAUGCAGCUAAGUUAAAUGCUUCUUUACAAACUCUUGAAGGAGAAAGGAGCCAAAUUUACACUCAGUUAUCUGAAGUAGAUAAUAAAAAAGAAGAGCUUACAGAGUAUAUUAAAAAUCUUCAGACUGAGCAAGCAUCUUUGCAAUUAGAAAAUACGCAGUUUGAAAAUGAGAAUCAGAAGCUUCAGCAAAAACUAAAAGUAAUGACUGAACUGUAUCAAGAAAACGAAAUGACACUUCACAGGAAACUGACAGUAGAAGAAAAUUACCGGUUAGAGAAAGAAGAGAAACUGUCUAAAGCGGAUGAAAAGAUCAGUUAUGCAACUGAAGAGCUGGAGAUGUAUAGGAAGAGAGCCAAAGAUCUUGAAGAAGAGUUGGAAAGAACCAUUCACUCUUAUCAAGGGCAGGUUAUUUCCCAUGAGAAAAAAGCACAUGAUAAUUGGUUGGCAGCUCGGACUGCUGAAAGAAAUCUCAAUGACUUAAAGAAAGAAAAUGCUCACAACAGACAAAAAUUAACUGAAACAGAACUUAAAUUUGAACUUUUAGAAAAAGAUCCUUAUGCAUUUGAUGUUCCAAAUACAGCGUUUGGCAGAGAGCAUUCCCCAUAUGGUCCCUCACCAUUGGGUCGACCUUCAUCUGAAACGAGAGCUUUUCUCUCCCCUCCAACUUUGUUGGAGGGUCCACUCAGACUCUCACCUUUGCUUCCAGGGGGAGGAGGAAGAGGCUCAAGAGGCCCAGGGAAUCCUUUGGAUCACCACAUGACCAAUGAAAGAGGAGAAUCAAGUGAUCGCUUAACUGAUCCUCACAGAGCACCAUCCGACACUGGUUCCCUCUCACCUCCAUGGGACCAGGAUCGUAGGAUGAUGAUCCCACCCUCAGGCCAACCAUAUCCGGAUCCAGCUUUCCCUCCACAAAGGCAAGACAGAUUUUAUUCUAACUCUGGUAGACUAUCUGGACCGGCAGAACUCAGAAGUUUUAAUAUGCCAUCUUUGGAUAAAGCUGAUGGGCCAACUUCUUCAGAAAUGGACUGCAGUAGAAAUGAUAGCAAAGAUGAUCUUGGUAAUUUAAAUGUGCCUGAUUCAUCUCUUCCCUCCGAAAGUGAAGCAACUGGCCCUGGCUUUGUUCCCCCACCACCUCAUCCAGUUAGAGGUCCAGUGUUUCCAAUGGAUGCCAGGGGCCCGUUCAUGAGAAGAGGACCCCCUUUUCCUCCACCUCCUCCAGGGAGCAUGUAUGGCGCGCCUCGAGAUUAUUUUCCACCGAGGGAUUUCCGCGGCCCACUACCUCCUCCAUUCCCAGUGAGAAAUGUCUAUGCACCGAGAGGUUUUCCUCAGUACCUUCCCCCAAGAGCUGGAUUUUUCUCCCCACCCCCACAUCCUGAAACUAGAAGUGAGUUCCAAUCAGGGUUGAUUCUGCCAUCAAAUGAGCCAACUACUGAACAUCCAGACCCUCAACAAGAAACUUGACAAUAUUUUUAAUCUCUGUUCAAAAGUAAUUUUGACUUCUCUCUCCUUUUCAGUUUAAGUAACUGCUGUUACUUAAGUGAUGAUACUUUUGCUCAAAUUGAAGCUUAUUGGAAUUAUAACUCUCAGGAUAGUAUUUUGUAAAUAAAGAUGAUUUAAAUAUAAAUUUAUGAGUAAACUAUUUCCAUUUUAUUUUGUUUCAGAGAGUAUAAUUUGAUUAAUGAAUUUAUUAUCACAUAAACAAUAAUGGGAGUUUUAUAUAUGUAAUCUUGCGAUUGGGGAUGUUUUAAACUCCAAAGACUGUGUCUUUCUGCCAAGAAUUGUAUUUACUAUGGUUGUAGACAAAUGUGAAAGUAACUCUGCGCUUAACUGAAUAAAUUUUAAUUGAUUUAAGGA